AUGAUCAUGAAUGGCAUGAAGUCAAUUGCCUCGGCCGACAGAGCUGCCCGUGCAAAUGCAAGAAGAAAGAAUCGCGAGACCGACUUCGACCAAGAAGAGCCUGCAAACAAAGAAGCCAAGAUCGAGGAGGAUGCAGUGAUGACUGAAGAGCGUGCACGUAUCCAGGAAGAGCACGACGAAGCCGUGAAGCACUUCAAACUCAAGAUGGAGCGUCUUGAGAUGGAACUAGAGCUCGUCAGCUCUGAGAGACGCCGCCUCAACAAGACUCUGGAAGAACAAGGUCGCGACCAGUCUGGAAAGUACACCCAACCUACCUUCUACCUCGACAAACGCUCUGCCCCAGCAUUGGUCGAGGCUAGCGAUGAGGAAUACAACCGCAUGCUGGACUAUGCUCUGGAUAGCGAGCUGCUGGUAGAUGACGACACUGCUGAGGCUUUGAUCGAUGAGACUGGUUGGUCGUUCACCGACAAGGGCUUGCUAGAGCAUCAGACACAGUGGCUCAAGAAGCACUUGUUGGAGUGA